AUGUCGCAACUCAAUUACCGCACCAUCAACAUUGAUGCCUUGGACCCCGAGUCCUCGACCAACUUCCCUAUGGAAUCACUGCUCCCUGCCACCCUUCCUCAGGCUGUAUCCGCCAGUGAUGCCGCCAACGCUGCGACACAGGUGCGCCAGAUGCUGCGCGGCGGUGACCCGGAGGGUGCUCUGCGGACCGUCCUUGACACCGCGCCGCUGGGUGGCGACGACCGCGCCAAGGAGGUACAACUUGCAACCGUCAUCGAUGUGCUGCAGGGUAUUCGACAGGGCGAGAUGACCCGUAUCCUGGAGGGAGUGUGCAGCGGGGAUGGCGGGGCCGAGCGCGCGGAUUGCUUGAUGAAGUACCUUUACAAGGGAAUGUCUGGGUCUGCACCUGGUAGCGGCGCCCAGUCACCCAAGAAGUCGGUUUCGCCCCAGGACACUGGAUUCUCUCAGAUCCAGGCACGGAACCUUGGUGAAGGUGGUGGUGGUCAGCAGAUGAGUGUAUUGUUGAGCUGGCACGAGAGAUUGGUGGAGAUUGCUGGUACUGGGUCCAUUGUGCGUGUCAUGACUGACCGCAGGACGGUUUGA